AUGCCAUUAUUACAUACUACGAAUAGACCAUAUCAACCUGUCAUUGUGAAAUCCGUUUUAAGAAAACGGAAUGCUUCCGUAUCCAGUCCAGCAAAGGGUAAUGUACCAAGAAGAAGAUAUAACGUAUUAUUAUUUGGGGAUAGUUUAACUGCUGGAUGGGUUAAGAAUGCUGACGGUUACGGAACUUAUCAUCCUUAUGGUUUGAGAGUUCAAAAAAGGUUCGAAGACGAAGGAUUAGAUGUAGAGGUGACUGUUAGUGGUGUUCCCGGAGAAUGUGCCGUUACUUCAAUGGAAGAACGAUUAAAGAAUGAACUCGAACAACCGGGUAAAUGGUAUGACUGGGUUGUCAUUCUAGGAGGUACAAAUGAUGUAAUUAAUGGAUAUGCGGCCUGGGAUAUCUUUGAUGGAUUAAAAAAAUUAUACACUCUAUGUUCCAAACAUGGUGCAAGAAUUUUGGGGAUAACUAUUCCAGAAUUUGAUUGGGAGGAGGUUAAUCAUUUUGAUUAUCAACGUCGCAUAGUAAAUGAACAUCUAAACGUGUAUAAUAAUAACACCACGAGGAAUGCGUACACUCUAUUUCUUCUAGACAAAUUUUUCCCUAUGCAUUCGUUAACGACGGAACAACGUAGAAUUUUUUGGGAUAUUGAUGGUGUUCAUCCUACAGAGGAUGGUUAUGACCUAAUGGGGGAUAUGUUAUUCGAUAUACUUUAUAAAGAAGGAUCAUGGGAUUAA